ACUCUUAAGAUUAUGUUAUAUAUAUAUAGCUAGUUCAUCAUAAACAAGAGUAGUUUAAUUUCUAAUCAUGUUAACCAAUAAUAUUUCUUCUUCAAUUCCUUCUGCUGAGCCGUUUUCUUGUUUGGAGAAUGGGAGUCACAAUAACAAGAGGAAAAGAAGACCGGCCGGAACUCCGGAUCCGGACGCGGAAGUGGUUUCUUUGUCACCGAAAACGCUCCUGGAGUCGGAUCGUUACGUGUGCGAGAUCUGCAACCAGGGGUUUCAGCGAGACCAAAACUUGCAGAUGCAUAGGAGAAGACACAAGGUUCCAUGGAAGCUGCUGAAGAGGGAGACGCCUGUGGUGAGAAAGCGAGUGUUUGUGUGCCCGGAGCCUACCUGUUUGCACCACGACCCAUGCCACGCCCUCGGCGAUUUGGUGGGAAUCAAGAAACACUUCAGGCGAAAACACAGCAAUCACAAGCAAUGGGUGUGUGAGAAAUGCUCAAAAGGGUAUGCAGUUCAAUCGGAUUACAAAGCUCAUCUCAAAACCUGUGGCACCCGAGGCCAUUCCUGUGAUUGUGGCCGUGUUUUCUCAAGAGUUGAGAGCUUCAUCGAGCACCAAGAUGCUUGCAGCAUGGGGCGUUUGCGGCCGGAGCCUCAAGCCCUACAGCCGGCUUGCUUGUCGAGAACUGCUUCCAGCCGAAGCCCCUCCAGUGAUACCAAUUUCAGCACCUCGCCGUGGCCUAAUUUGAUUGUGCCAAAGCCGACAAUUGACGCCAUUUUCUUGAGCCCUAGUAAAGAUAAUCAUCAAAGGCCUUCAAAGAAGAAUGCAAAUUAUCACAAUUUGGAGCUUCAGCUUUUAACCACUUCAAGCUCUCUUGAAGCCUCGGUUUCUCCAAAGAUUGAUGAUAAUCAUUCCACCCAGUUGCAGCUCUCAAUCGGUUCAUCAGAUUUUAGUGAUCAUAAAAAUGAAUCAAAAGAUGGUGGCAAAAUGGUUAACUCUCCGAGGGAAAGUACUACAAAUGAGAAGAAAACAACAAUGGUGGCUUCCAGUGUGAAGGAACAAGCGCGAAAAGAGUUGAGAAUGGCGAUGGCGGAGAAAGCUUAUGCAGAAGAAGCGCGAGAGGCGGCGAAGAGGCAGAUUGAGCUUGCCGAACAAGAGUUUGCGAAUGCGAAAAGGAUUAGGCAACAAGCACAAACUCAACUGGAAAAAGCUCAAUCUUUGAAAGAACAUGCAAUUAAACAAAUCAAUUCUACAAUGUUGAGAAUCACUUGCUAUAAUUGCCAGCAACAGUUCCAAACAAGAAUGCCGCCAGAUCACCAUGAAAAAUCCUUGGCUUUAAGUUACAUUUCAUCAGCAACAACAACAGCAGCAACAGAAGGUGAAGUAAUAAACAAAGACAAUGGAAAAACUGUACUAUUUCAUGAUCAUCCAUAAAAUUAGUUAUAAUUAUAAAAGCUUAUGUUAAUCUUUUUCUUAGUAAAAUACCAAGUGGGGUGUUAUGAAAUUUGUGUAAUGUGUUCUUAUUGGUUGAUUAAUUUGUUUAAUGAAUGAAAAGUGGUUCUGGGUUA